GGGGCCACAGCGCGUCACGGGUGGUUGCCCCGCCCUUUGACCCUCGGGAUGCUGAUUAACCAGGCGGCCAAUAGGCGGUCGGGCAGAGGCGCGCCCCUCCGACGGCGCGGAACACACGGCUCUGGAGCGCGGCUCCUGGGGGACCAUGGAGAGCCCCGUGAGAGUGAAGGCUUGGGUGCAGGAGAACCGCGCCUCCUUCCGGCCCCCGGUCUGCAACCAGCUCCUGCACCAGAAGCAGCUCAAAAUCAUGUUCGUCGGGGGUCCCAACACCAGGAAGGACUACCACAUCGAGGAGGGUGAGGAGGUGUUUUACCAGCUGGAAGGCGACAUGCUUCUCCAAGUCCUGGAGCAAGGGAGACACCGGGAUGUGGUCAUUCGGCAGGGAGAGAUCUUCCUCCUGCCCGCUGGGGUCCCCCACUCUCCACAGAGGUUUGCCAACACAGUGGGGCUAGUGAUUGAGCGGAGGCGGCUGAAAACGGAGCUAGAUGCACUCAGGUACUAUGUAGGCGACACCACUGACGUCCUGUUUGAGAAGUGGUUCUACUGCGAGGAUCUCGGCACACAGUUGGCCCCCAUCAUCCAGGAGUUCCUUAGCUCUGAGCAGCACAGAACAGGAAAACCCAACCCUGACCAGCUGCUCAAGGAACCGCCAUUCCCCCUGAGCACACGGUCCAUCAUGGAGCCCAUGUCGCUGGAGGCCUGGCUGGCUGGCCACCGCAAGGAGCUGCACGCUGGCAUACCCCUCAGCCUGUUUGGAGACACCUAUGAGACCCAGGUGAUGGUCUGUGGACAAGGCAGCAGCGAAGGCCAGAGACAGGACGUGGACGUGUGGCUGUGGCAGUUGGAGGGCUCCUCGGUUGUGACGAUGGAAGGACAGCGCCUGAGCCUGACCCCCAAUGACAGCCUCCUGGUGCCAGCUGGGACCGCGUACAGCUGGGAACGCGGGCAAGGCUCCACGGCCCUGUCUGUGACUCAGGACCCUGCCCGCAAGAAGUUCCCGGGGUGACCGAUCCUCAUGCUGCGGGCCCAGAGCUGCCACAGGUGCCCCCGAGUGCCACCCCUGCCAAGUAACUCUCCCAGCCCCACCGCUCCUACGUGCACUGCUGCCGAGUGACUCAGGGUCUCCUAGGCCGGGUCCUGGACAUCACUGUCAUCCAUCCUCCUCCUGUCCUCUCCAGGACUGCCAGGUUCCUGGGGGCCUAGCUCCCCUUCACCCCUAACAGCCUUCAGCCCACUGCCCUGCAGGGUUCUGCUGGGCGGACUGCUCCCUGAGGCCAGGGUCCUCUCCAUCCCUCUGUCCACAGGCUCAGCACAGCACUUGCCUGCUACCCAGAAAGUCCUUAGUAAAGGCUUCCUGACAGACGGGCACCUACGGGUCUGCACACACACAGCCUGUGAUCUUUGCCAGACACCUGGUGCUCCCAUGACUGUGUGCGUGUGCAGGGGGGAGGGAGAUCUGGAGCGCUGGGUGACCGUGGACCUUGUGGAGGGUCUGUGAUCGGGUCCCCCUGCUUUUAGAGAAGCCCUCAUGCUCUGUGUGUGGCGCCUCCAUGCGAGCUCCUAUGCCUGUCCUGCGGCACAGCUGAUGUCCCUCUGCCUCUUUCUCUUUCUCACUUACUCUUUUUACAUAACUUUAAAAUAUAGCAUCUGUUGAGGUUUCUCUCCCCAGUAACUGAAGUGACUUGUGCUCAUUGUAGAAAACGUAGAAAUACUAAAAACACAAAAUCCCCCCAGCUGGAGUUAACCACAGUUAAUACAGACAUUGUGAUGAGCCUUCAGAGGGGCGUAAAGCUGUUCAGGAGCUUGGCAGCAGGGGGGGAGGGCUGUCUGGCCUCCUCCCCCUUCUCCCCCCUGCUAUGUACAGGCCCCCGUGGGGUCCAGGAGUGCUGGGAGCCCGGGACGCAGCAAUGGGUAGAGACGAAUCAUGCAACCUGCAGAGGGAGAUCUGGGCUCGGUUUCAUGGGGCUUCAAUGAGAAGUUGGUGAGGGGUCGCACGUGGGGGGAA